CCCCUUGCCUCUCCAUUGGCAAAGACGACUCCUCUCUCUCUCUCUCUCUCUCUCUCUCUCUCUCUCUCAUGGCGAUCGUGGCGGAAACCCAGCAAGAAGAGAAGGUCGCUACAGUUGAGAAGCGUUGGACCUUGAAUGACUUUGACAUUGGAAAGCCUCUUGGAAGAGGAAAAUUUGGUCAUGUCUAUUUGGCCAGAGAAAAGAGGAGUAAUCACAUUGUGGCCUUGAAAGUCCUUUUCAAGAGCCAGCUGAAACAAUCUCAAGUGGAGCAUCAGCUGCGCCGUGAGGUGGAGAUACAGAGCCACCUCCGAAACCCUAAUAUACUCCGGCUAUAUGGUUACUUCUAUGAUCAGACGCGUGUUUAUCUGAUCCUAGAAUAUGCAGCUAAAGGUGAACUUUAUAAGGAGCUGCAGAAAUGCAAGUACUUCAGUGAGCGAAGGGCUGCGACUUACAUUUCAUCAUUAGCACGAGCACUGAUAUACCUCCAUGGGAAGCACGUAAUUCACAGAGACAUCAAACCAGAGAAUCUCCUUAUUGGACUUCAGGGAGAGCUAAAAAUUGCAGAUUUUGGGUGGUCGGUGCACACAUUCAACCGCAGGCGGACGAUGUGUGGAACACUGGAUUACCUUCCUCCUGAAAUGGUGGAAAGUGUGGAGCAUGAUGCAAGUGUUGACAUUUGGAGUUUAGGUGUCCUGUGCUACGAGUUCCUUUAUGGAGUGCCACCAUUUGAAGCAAAAGAACAUUCCGACACAUAUAGAAGGAUACUGAAAGUCGAUCUUAAGUUUCCUCCAAAGCCAGUUGUUUCUCCUGCUGCAAAAGACCUAAUCACGCAGAUGCUUGUAAAGGACUCCUCUCAGCGUCUUCCCCUUCACAAGUUGCUCGAGCAUCCGUGGAUUGUACAAAAUGCAGAUCCCACAGGCAUCUACAGAGGUUGAUUCUUUUCCGGGAGAGUUCUAGUGACACAUUCAAUUCUUUUCACCAAUGUUUAGGACUUAGCUUUGAGCUAUGAUAAAACGGUUCUUGUUCUCUCAUCCAAUAUCUUCAGCUUUAAAUAUAUGGACCGCUGAACUUUGUGUAAUUGUUAGGAUGUCAGGAUGGUGCGUUGACGCACUGGACCUUGAAAUUCUUGUAACCUAAUGGAAUGGCUCAUCAAUAGAUGCUUGCGGAUGAUUCCGCUUGUUGCUCUUUCUUUUCUUAGACUAGUAGUUUUUGUGUCUUAUUCAAUCUUAUUCAAUGUUCACACUCUGCAGAUGAUGUGUUACUGAAUCCUAUAACUAAUACUUGAUGGAAGCU